AUGGUAGUUCGGUGCGCAACCAAGAAUUUCGUCAAGCAGAUCGUAGAGGACGCCGAUGAUAGCGACCCGUGGGAAUAUCACCCGGGGCGUGGGAGAGUGGCGAGGCAGCGUGGGAAUAUCAUCCAGGGCGUGGGAGAGUGGCGAGGCAGCGUGGGAAUAUCACCCGGGGCGUGGGAGUGUGGCGAGACAGCGUGGGAAUAUUACCCGGGGCGUGGGAGUGUGGCGAGACAGCGUGGGAAUAUCACCCGGGGCGUGGGAAUAUCCCCCGGGGUGUGGGAGUGUGGCGAGGCAGCGUGGGAAUAUCACCUGAGGCGUGGGAGUGUGGCGAGGCAGCGUGGGAAUAUCACCCGGGGCGUGGGAGUGUGGCGAGGCAGCGUGGGAAUAUCACCCGGGGCGUGGGAGUGUGGCGAGGCAGCGUGGGAAUAUCACCCGGGGCGUGGGAGAGUGGCGAGGCAGCGUGGGAAUAUCACCCGGGGCGUGGGAGAGUGGCGAGGCAGCGUGGGAAUAUCACCCGGGGCGUGGGAGAGUGGCGAGGCAGCGUGGGAAUAUCACCCGGGGCGUGGGAGAGUGGCGAGGCAGCGUGGGAAUAUCACCCGGGGCGUGGGAGAGUGGCGAGGCAGCGUGGGAAUAUCACCCGGGGCGUGGGAGAGUGGCGAGGCAGCGUGGGAAUAUCACCCGGGGAGUGGGAGAGUGGCGAGGCAGCGUGGGAAUAUCACCCGGGGCGUGGGAGAGUGCGGAGGCAGCGUGGGAAUAUCCCCCGGGGCGUGGGAGAGUGGCGAGGCAGCGUGGGAAUAUCACCCGGGGCGUGGGAGAGUGGCGAGGCAGCGUAGGAAUAUCACCCGGGGCGUGGGAGAGUGGCGAGGCAGCGUGGGAAUAUCACCCGGGGCGUGGGAGAGUGGCGAGGCAGCGUGGGAAUAUCCCCUGGGGCGUGGGAGAGUGGCGAGGCAGCGUGGGAAUAUCACCCGGGGCGUGGGAGAGUGGCGAGGCAGCGUGGGAAUAUCACCCGGGGCGGGGGAGAGUGGCGAGGCAGCGUGGGAAUAUCACCCGGGGCGUGGGAGAGUGGCGAGGCAGCGUGGGAAUAUUCCCUGGGGCGUGGGAGAGUGGCGAGGCAGCAUGGGAAUAUCCCCCGGGGCGUGGGAGAGUGGCGAGGCACCGUGGGAAUAUCCCCCGGGGCGUGGGAGAGUGGCGAGGCACCGUGGGAAUAUCCCCCGGGGCGUGGGAGAGUGGCGAGGCAGCGUGGGAAUAUCCCCCGGGGCGUGGGAGAGUGGCGAGGCAGCGUGGGAAUAUCCCCCGGGGCGUGGGAAUAUCCCCCGGGGCGUGGGAGAGUGGAGAGGCAGCGUGGGAAUAUCCCCCGGGGCGUGGGAAUAUCCCCCGGGGCGUGGGAAUAUCCCCCGGGGCGUGGGAAUAUCCCCCGGGGCGUGGGAGAGUGGAGAGGCAGCGUGGGAAUAUCCCCCGGGGCGUGGGAGAGUGGCGAGGCAGCGUGGGAAUAUCCCCCGGGGCGUGGGAGAGUGGCGAGGCAGCGUGGGAAUAUCCCCCGGGGCGUGGGAGAGUGGCGAGGCAGCGUGGGAAUAUCCCCCGGGGCGUGGGAGACUGGCGAGGCAGCGUGGGAAUAUCACCCGGGGCGUGGGAGAGUGGCGAGGCAGCGUGGGAAUAUCACCCGGGGCGUGGGAGAGUGGCGAGGCAGCGUGGGAAUAUCACCCGGGGCGUGGGAGAGUGGCGAGGCAGCGUGGGAAUAUCACCCGGGGCGUGGGAGUGCUCUACUACUACAGCUGCUAA